AUGUGUAAAGAUGCCCGAAGCUUCGAAGAUGUUAGGGACAAAUGGAAAACUCUAGAUUUGAAGAUAAAAGAUUGUUACAUAAAUCUAAAUAAAGCAGAAUGGGAUUUUGGUAGUCUCAUUAUAAAACAAACUUAUAAUAAAAGACACAGUUCUGUCAGAGUAGUUGUGGAACAAAUUAUAGAACUUUUGAAAGGACGUUUCCACAGACUUAAAUAUUUAGACAUGGAAAAUAUCGCAGCCAUGUCUAAAGUUGUUAUGACUGCAUGCAUUUUGCAUAAUUUAUGCAUUGAGAAAGGAGAAAAGGAUAUUUCAGAAGACAUCUUACUUGAUAACUGUAAUGAUGAUGAUGGUGAUAAUUUUCCUGAAAACACACAAAAUCGUGCAGCUGCCAUAGAAAAACGAAACAGAAUAGCAGAUUUCUUGAUGGAGAAGUAA